GGAGCAGGGUGGACGCCCUGUCCCAGCCCGUGGGCAUUGCUGCAACACACGUGUGCACGGAGGCCCCUUGGGGCACUCGGGGCGCCCGGUCCUCGCGGCUCACCUCUGCCCUGGCUGGACAUCAGGACCCCGGCGCAGCCUCCGAGGUCAGCCCCGCCCCCACAACUUGGCCCAGAGUGGCCCUGUGUGCCGGGAGCUCAGGCUGAGGAGCUGAAGCGUUGCGGCAUGGCGCGCGGCUGCCUCCAGGGCGUCAAGUACCUCAUGUUCGUCUUCAACCUGCUCUUCUGGCUGGGUGGCUGCGGCAUCCUGGGGGUCGGCAUCUGGCUGGCCGCCACCCAGGGGAACUUCGCCACCCUGUCCUCCUCCUUCCCGUCCCUGUCGGCCGCCAACCUGCUCAUCGUCACCGGCACCUUCGCCAUGGCCAUCGGCUUUGUGGGCUGCGUCGGGGCCGUCAAGGAGAACAAGUGCCUGCUGCUCACCUUCUUUGUGCUGCUGCUGCUGGUGUUUCUGCUGGAGGCCACCAUCGCCAUCCUCUUCUUCGCCUACAGCGACAAGAUCGACAGGCACGCACAGCUAGACCUGAAGAAGGGCCUGCACCUGUUUGGCACCCCCGGCAACGUGGGCCUCACCAACGCCUGGAGCAUCAUCCAGACUGACUUUCGCUGCUGCGGCGUCUCCAACUACACGGACUGGUUCGAGGUCUACAACGCCACGCGAGUGCCCGACUCCUGCUGCCUGGAGUUCAGCGAGAGCUGCGGCCUGCACGCCCCCGGCACCUGGUGGAAGGCGCCGUGCUACGAAACGGUCAAGAUGUGGCUCCAGGAGAAUCUGCUGGCCGUGGGCAUCUUUGGGCUGUGCACGGCACUGGUGCAGAUCUUGGGCCUGACCUUCGCUAUGACCAUGUACUGCCAGGUGGUGAAGGCCGACACCUACGCAUAGGCAGCCCGCCUCCACGCCACCCACCCGGAGAUGACCUGUCCGCCGAGGCCCCUGCGUCAGCCUGGGUGUGGGGGAGGGGAGGGCCGGCGGCAGAGGCCCUGGAACCCUUGGCCAGGCCUCCGAGCGUCCUGCCGCAGGGGCAGCGAGUGCUGGCCACACUCAGGGGCUGGAGGCAGAGGGGCUCGUGGCGCCUUUUAAUUUUCACGCCUGUGUGUUCUCCAGAGGAGUGUCCCUGGUACCUAGCACAGGGCACGGGGUGGGGGUGAGGGGCCCACUGCGGCCCCUGGUGCUUGGGUGGGGCAGAGCCCUGCCUUUCACAUUCCAUGGGGGGCCAGGGCAGCCCCCCAGUGCGUCUAAUAAAGUAUGUGGGCAGCAGUC